AUGAACAUCUUUGUGGGUUUCGUCAUCAUCACCUUCCGAGCACAGGGUGAGCAAGAGUACAAGAACUGUGAGCUGGACAAGAACCAGCGUCAGUGUGUGGAGUACGCCUUGAAGGCUCAGCCCCUGCGUAGGUACAUCCCCAAGGCGAACACCUUCUUCCGACUCUUCCGUGUCAUGCGCUUGGUGAAACUCUUGAGUAAAGGGGAAGGUAUUCGAACACUGCUGUGGACCUUCAUUAAGUCCUUCCAGGCUUUGCCGUACGUCGCUCUCCUGAUUGCGAUGAUAUUUUUCAUCUACGCCGUCAUCGGCAUGCAGACGUUUGGAAAAAUCGCCAUGCAGGACGGAACGCAGAUCAACCGCAAUAACAACUUUCAGACCUUCCCCCAGGCUGUGCUGCUGCUCUUCAGGUGCGCCACAGGGGAGGCCUGGCAGGAGAUAAUGUUGGCCAGCUUGCCCGGCAAGAGAUGCGACAGCGACUCUGACUUUGCCCCGGAGGAAGAGUUCACCUGCGGCAGCAACUUUGCCAUCGUCUAUUUCAUCAGCUUCUUCAUGCUCUGCGCCUUUCUGGUGAGUAGAGAAGAAAAGGUCACCAGGUAUUAUAUCAUUCCUAUAUAUACAAAAUCCAAUACAGGAAAAAAAAAAAAAAACAAGAAAAAAAGUUUUUGUAUGAAAGAAAAUUAUAUUUGA